UUUGGUCAUUGGUGCUUUUGGUUAUGUUUUUAUCUGAUUAAUUUUAAAAUGUACAAUGUCUUUUGGAUUUCAGUGAUAGCGUUGUUUGUUUCUGUAGUUAUCUCAUAUUUUUUUAUAAGCCAUUGUGGUCAUUCAGUCCAUUCAGUCCUCGACUGUUCAAAAGCAGUUACAAUGGCUAAUAAUGGAAUACUCCUAAUUUCUAAUGCGGCAAAGGCUCAUAAGUUUUGUUCAAAAGUAUCCAACCAUGUUAAGAAAAUUUUGUACAUAAGCUAUAAUGAAGGAACAGACUGUGCACUCAAAGUAUUGAAUAAGCAAAAUGUUGAUAUUUAUUCGAAGACUACAGAUUAUAGUAAUCUAGAUGUAAGGCUUAUUUUAAAACCUAGAGGAAGUUUCAAUAAAAUAAAAACAAACCAUCCUAUAGAUUUAAUACUCUAUGAUACAGAUGCAUUUAAAAAAGGUGAUAAUUUGGCUAAUUUAAUAGAAAAUGGAAAUAAAGACAUAGAACAAGUGCCCAUUGCCCAUCUAGAUAGUCACAACCCUGAUAUUUCCAAUGAAGAGCCUGUAAAAACUUUUGAAUAUGUUGCACUUGGUGGGACAUUUGACAGGCUACAUAAUGGGCAUAAAAUAUUACUAUCUCAAGCAGUGCUAAGAGCUACUAAACAUGUAACAGUUGGAGUGACUGAUGUAAAUAUGAUAAAAUCGAAAAUACUCUGGGAACUAAUAGAACCAGUAGAGCGGAGGAUAGCAAAUGUUUUGGAAUUUCUUACGGAUAUUAAUCCUGAUCUUGAAUACCAUGUUUUGCCGAUUCAAGAUCUCUAUGGACCUACUAAAGACGAUCCGAGAUAUCAACUUAUAGUUGUCAGCGAGGAGACGCAACGCGGUGCGGUGAAAAUCAACGAGAAGAGAAAAGAGAAUGGCUUGAAUCCUCUCGAAACAUAUACUAUAUCCCUGGCUGCCGAUCAGAAGCGUUCGCCCAUCGAGGAGGACAAAGUUAGCUCGAGCAAUCAGAGGAUAAGAUUGUUGGGUACACUACUCAGGGAGCCUAAGCCGAAUCCGGAUAUACCAAAAUGGCCGUACGUCAUCGGCAUCGCUGGCGGGAUUGCGAGCGGGAAAAGUAGCAUCACGGAAAAACUAAAAAAGAAAGGUGCUACAGUAAUAAACUGCGACCUGCUGGCGCAUGAGCUGUACAAGCCGGGGCUUCCCCUGAACCGCACGAUCUCGGCGACCUUCGGCGCUGACGUCAUCACGGAGCGGGGUGAGGUGGAUCGCCAGCGGCUGGGCCAGAUCGUGUUCGGCGACAAGGCGCAGCUCGAGAGACUAAACUCAAUAACGUGGCCGGCGAUCGCGGAGGAGGUGGUGGCGCGGGUGCGGCGCGCGGGGGAGGGCGGGGCGCGCGUCGUCGUGCUGGAGGCGGCGGUCAUGGUGCGCGCCGGCUGGCACCGCCUCUGCCACCAGCUGUGGGCGGUCAUCGUGCCGCCGGAGGAGGCCAUAAAGCGUAUCCAGCAGCGCAACAACCUGACGGAGGAACAGGCCCGGCAGCGCGUGGAAGCGCAGCCGGCCAACAGCGAGCACGUGGCGGAGGCCCACGUCGUCUUCAGCCCCUACUGGAGCUACGAGUUCACGCAGGACCAGGUGGACCGAGCCUGGGAACAGCUCGCUGAUAUACUGAAGAGGCAUUGAGGUUGGUGAGGGCAAAAGGAAACAACAGAAUGCUUACGUGUUUAUUAGGUUAGGGGUGUGUUCCAAAUAUAACCCAGUAUACCAGCUCACUAAUAUACCGAGGAAGCAUUGAGGCUAGUCAGUGGUCACUCACUAGUGACUAGUGGGUAGAACGAAACAUCACAAUGCUUAUAUUCGUAUUGAGAAGGCCUGUCACACAUGUCGUUCCGAAAUUUCACCCAAUUCUCGUGACGUCAUAAAUCUACUCGACAUAUAUUAUGUACUAUUAAUUUGUUUCGAAAUGUACGUCAGUGCUCAGUGCAUUGACUUUGUUGGGUUGUCAUUAUUACAAAAUUUACUACGAAUACGUCACAGCUCUCCCAACAAUAUGAAGUCGCAUACAGAACGUCAUGGGCUCAUGGCAUUAGCCAGUAUACUGGAUUAAAUCUCGGAACACACAGUUGCGUGAACAGGGCAAAAUCAGACCGCCACCAUCUUGUAAAAUGUGGAGUGAGCAGGUCUUAUAGGUGAUACUGUUAUCCAAGUGCCAAAAGAGCCUUGUAGAAUUGUAAGUUUAUGUGUCGAUAUGGCUGUUUUUUGCAUAAAUUGUCAAUUUAGAAUUUACAUCUUAAGCGGAUUAGUCGCUGUAAAAUUAGGUCGCAUUCGCACAUGUGUGGAAUGCAAAAUUUUAUACUAGUAAUAACUACAUAACCCCAUCCGACGGACACAUAACACUGACUUCACAUAAUUCGAUCAAAUUACGCAAUGUGAUUACGAAUCAAUGUGAAUUGGCUACAAACACGAAAUUGUCAAUUAAAAAUAUGUAAAAGAACUAAAACCCUAGGUGGAUUACCUCACACCAAAACGCGACGCGAUUCGGAAUUUGACUUCGGAAAGUGACUUAAAUUGAACUUUAUCGAAUACCUGCGAAAGAAGAUACAUAUUUGUAUGCGAAACGGCGUUGCCUGCUUGGCGAUUGCGUAUUUUGCGACCGGUAAGAGACGUUCUCACAGAAAACCGGCGUGAAACAGCGCUUG